AAAUUUCCAAAAGUAUCGAAAUUACAAAGACCGCUUUUAAAGCUUCGGGAACCGUAGAAGAAGCCAUUAAACCAUAUUUACAAUUAAUCGCGCGAAGUUGUACAGAUCUUCAGCAAUCUCUAUAUAUUUUGAUUGAUUUUGGUAAUGCACUGCGUGAACAUUGA